AUGUCCUAUCUUAAUAAGAUGAAACUAUUAUCUACCAUAAUAGGUAGAUCAUAUAGUUCUUCAUCUUCAUCUAUUGUGCCAUCAUUCUCGUUACUGCUUCUUAAUAACACUGCAGACAGGGGAACUCCCUCUACUUCAUCAUCAUCAUCAUCAUCAUCAUCAUCAACACGAAUAAGACCAUAUACCCACAGAAAACAUUUCCAUUCAUCAUCAAUAAGAAAUCAAGAAAUUAAAGAUCCAUAUUCAGUUCUAGGUGUAAACAACUCAGCAAGUACCUCAGAAAUCAAAAAGGCAUAUUACAAACUAGCCAAAAAAUAUCAUCCUGAUAUAAACAAACAACCGGACGCUGAGAAGAAAUUUCAUGAUUUACAAAACGCCUAUGAGAUACUUUCCGAUGAAAAUAAAAGGAAACAAUACGAUACAUUCGGUCCAUCAGCUUUCCAAGAUGCUCAACAAGGCGGCGCUGGUGGACCUGGUGGAGGACCAGGUGGGUUCCCCGGUGGGUACCCAUUCGGACAAACCUCUUCAGGAAGCGGUAAUCCCUUUGCUGAUUUUGGUAUAAAUUUUGAAGAUUUAUUUGGAGCUGCAUUUGGUAAUGGACCGCAUGCCACUGGCGGGGGAAGAGCAAGAAGACAAUCCAACAUUUAUAGAGAAUUUAAAGGUGAUCCCAUUGAAAUUGUACAUAACUUGAAUUUUAAAGAUGCAGUGUUUGGUGUACAGAAUGUUAAUUUGAAAUUCAAUUCCAUGGAUCCUUGUAAUAAAUGUUCUGGAUCAGGUUUAAAUAGGAACGCAAAGAGAACAACUUGUCCUUCUUGUCAUGGAUCUGGUCAGAAGGUUCAUAUCAGAAGCGGGUUCCAAAUGGUUUCUACUUGUAAUCAUUGUCAUGGGGAAGGUACCAUUAUUGACUCUAAAGAUAUUUGUUCAUCUUGUCAUGGUGAUGGUGUUGAAUUGAAUCAUAAUAAAUCUAUUGAUGUCAAUUUACCUAAUGGGUUACAAGAUGGGGAUGUGAUAAGGGUCCCUGGACAAGGGAAUUACCCACAAACUGGUGCAUCCAUUGAUCCAGCUAUGAUGAAUUCGAUUAAAUUAUCGAGAGGUGAUUUGUUAGUUAGAGUUCGUGUUAAUAAAGAUCCUAAUUUCUCAAUUAGAGAUAAGUAUGAUAUUUGGUUCACUAAACAAAUACCAAUUACUACCGCUAUAUUAGGUGGUGUUGUGAAGAUUCCAACCGUAGAUGGUACUCAAAUUCGAUUGAAAGUAUCCCCUGGAACUAAACAUGAUCAAAUUAUUUCUAUUCCAAACCUUGGUGUACCACGUAGUUCGAUUAAUAAGGAUAAUCGUGGGAACAUGAAAGUUCAAUAUAAGAUUAUUAUGAAGACUCCUCAAUCUCAGGCUGAAAAAUGUUUAUGGGAAGCUUUAGCUGAUGUCACUAAUGAUACCAUGGCAAAAAGGACUAUCGAACAUAAUCCCAUAUCAGGUGGUGGUGGUACAACCAGUGAGGGCACUACUACAAAUGAUAAUAAAAAAGACGAAACAUCAUCAAAAUCAAAUGAUACAUAUAUAGAUCCUACAAAGAAUAAUCCAGAUGAACCGAGUGCCUUAGGACGGUUAGAAAAAUUUAUCAGUAACGCAUUUAAGAAGAUUAAAGGCGAUAAGAACGCUUGA